CGCGCCGUCACAGUCAGCUGACGUCUUGCCCCAACACCCAUAAUCAGCUGUUUAUUUAAAGCGCCAACAUGUUAACAUACAUUUAUCUCUUUUGCGCUCAUUUAGUUUUAUAUUUCAUCACAUGAUCCUUAUGUCGUGGCAGAAAAGGCCACUAAUUGUUUUUAUAAACAAUUCCGAAGCUAAUACAACCAAUAGAAACUAAGAGUCGAUCUCGCUAACCAAUAGGAUCGCAGGAACUGACGUGAACUUCGUACAAAUCUUGCGAUCCAUUCUAUAGAAUCGAACGAAAUGAAGCGACUUUUAUUUUAUCUCGCCAAAAUGGCGGACGCGUCGUUCGCGGUGCGCGGAAUGAAAACACCCGAUAAUCUUUAUGAUUUGUGUUUAACAAAUUUAGUGAACUAUUUGCAGAAAUUUAAGUGCGAUCGAAAUGAUUUGCGUUUGCUGCCGGACAGUGUCCUCAUGGAUAUUUAUUACAAGAUGCUGCAGGAUAAGCGGCUAUGCAUCCUGGGCGCGGAGCUCUCCGAGCUUGACAUAUUCGAGCGGCUGCUGCGCUUCACCGGCGCCCAGCUGAGGUUGCUGCAGUGCUUCCAGGCGGUGAUAGAACACGGCUCGAAGCUGUCUGUGGAACUUGCGGGGGCGUAUAUCACGCGCUGCGAGUCUGGCGACCGCUCCAGAGAUUAUCUUAUACAGCUGGGACUCAGGCUAGGCGGAUUUUUCAAUGAGGCUGGUUGGUACGCGGACGCGGAGCGCGUGUUGCUGCGCUGCCGACAGCUGUGUCAGGCGCAGCCGCAGUCGACGCACUACCGCCGUCUCACACUCGAGUGCUGCCACAGAUUACUGAACACUCAGUCGGCGUACUGCUGUUUCCCCGCGGCGGCGGAGACGUACGAGCUGUCGCUUCGGCUGCUGGGGCUGGGGCACACGGCACCCGCCAGCGCACCACCGACCGAAACGUUGCGCGCCUGUCUGCGCGCGCUCGACGGACACCCAGACUGCGACUCCGACGAUUAUAGAUCUACGGCGUGCGUGGCGGCGGGGUGCCGCGCUGGGUGUGCAUCCGCAGCGCUGCUGGCGCGGUUGUGCAAGGAGUUCAGCUCGCUGCACUUUGUGCGCUGCGACUAUGGCGCCGCGCACGCCUGGAGCACGCGCGCACUCGCCCUGCUCACGCCGCACGCGCCCGCCAGGGUGGCGGUGGAGGUGAUCAGGGCGUGCGGCAAGGCGUGCGUGGUGAAGCGGAGGUUCGCUGCGGCGGGUCUGCUGCUGCGCCAGGCGGUGGCGCUCGCUCGCCGCGCCUUCGGUCCUCGACAUCCGGCGCACGCGCACGCUCUACUCGACUACGGCUUCUAUCUGCUCAAUGUAGACUCCAUCUCGCGUAGCGUCGCCGUCUACGAGGAGGCGUUGUCGACGUUGCGGCGUGUGUUCGGUCGCAGCAGCCUGCACGUGGCGACGGCUCAAGAAGACCUGGCGUACGCGCUCUAUGUACUCGAGUACUCCUCCGGCCGCUUCUACAAGGCGCGAGAUCACGCCGAGCGCGCCAUCAGGAUCAUUGAGAACCUGGUGCCGCCUGACCAUCUGCUGCUGGCCUCCGCCAAGCGAGUGAAGGCGCUCAUACUGGAGGAGAUCGCCCUAGACACACCCGCGGGACAGGACAUGAGCGAGCCGAGCCUGCUGGAGGAGUCGGAGGCGCUGCACAAGGCGGCGCUGGCGUUGUCGAUGUUGGCGUUCGGUGAGAAGAAUGUGCAGACUGCCAAACACUACGGCAACCUCGGUAGACUCUAUCAGAGCAUGCAGAAGUUCCAGGACGCGGAAACGAUGCACCUGAAGGCGAUCGCUAUAAAGGAGGAGCUGCUUGGCGCUGAGGACUACGAGGUGGGGCUGAGUGUUGGUCAUCUCGCCAGCCUCUACAACUACCACAUGAACAUGCACUGCGCUGCUGAGAAACUCUAUCUGCGCUCCAUCGCCAUCAGUCUGAAGCUGUUUGGGGAACGUUACUCCGGUCUGGAGUACGACUACCGCGGGCUGGUGCACGUCUGUACCCAGCUGAAGAGACACGAGCGCGCGGAGCAUUACAGCGCGCUGCUGCAGCGGUGGCAUGAACUACGAGAGCAAUCAAAGACGGAGCAGCAGCCGGCGCUCAAUGACGAGCAAGUGUUGCCUCUGGCGGAGCUGUGCGCCCGACUUGAUAUACAGUGAGGGUGCUCCGCCCACUGAUGUACACGCCACGCCCCCCGGCCCCGCCCACUGCCCCGCCCACAGCCACGCCAGUUAACAUCAGGUGGAUUAUGAUGGAAAAUAUAUUAAAAUUAGUUAAAUGUGUGGCGCGGUUUUGGUUGCUGUUGGUUCUUCAACCAUCAGUGUCGAUAAUCUUAUGAUCCCGGGAAUUUUUAUAUCGAAAAAACAAACAACCCGGGAAACAUUCAACUAUUUUUCUUGUAUAUAGAUUUUUUUUAAAUGGAUAUAAAAUGAAUUUUAAAUUAUUAAUUACUCAAUUUUACUCUGUAUUUUUAUGAUCCGAUGUGAGUUAAGUUUAAUUUUUUAAUCUGUAACAAUUUUGCUUGACUACUCUUUGGCGGGAAAAUGCAGAAUGACGUAAAAGAGAAAAUGGAGAAAAAAAGAUAAAUUAUGUAUACUCAUGUUAUGACAGCUUUUGUAUGACAUCGAGUCUCAGAAAUGUAUGAGAAAAUUGUAAAACGCAAAUUAGGGUUGCCAGUAAAAUUAAUUACUCAAAAUAUUUAGACGCAAUUAAACGAUUAGAAUUGAUUUAAAAUGUACGUAGAUGUUUUGCACAAUUUUUAUUAUUUAAUUAGUGUUUGUAAAUUUGUUCGGUGAGAAAAUCGGCCAUUUGCAUGUUUGUGAUAAGAAACCUUCAGUAGUCAUCUAUUCUGAUCUCUUAUACAAAUUAUUUUAUAUAUUUACGCUAUUAUAUCAUCUUAUCAUGUAAUUAUAUUUAUUAAUCAUAUUAAUCAGUCGUAUACAGACUAAAAUAAUGGACAGAACAUCACAUUGAGGAAUCCAUAGACACUGUGAUCGUGUACAUAUUGUUUUUGGACCAUAGAUUAAAUUGUGCAUAUAUGUAUUUUAGUAGACCUUGCUCUGCAUAUAUCUUGUGUUCCUUUAUAUUUAGUGAUGUAAACUUAUAAAUCAACAAGGUUAUCUGAAUCUGUGGGCAUAAAUCAAACUAAAUUAUGACUGCACACUAGCGCCCCUCUGUC